AUGAUGCAAAUAUCCAACAAACGACUUAUCAUGGAGAGUCUGCUAAAGAUAUAUCACGAUGUUCUGGAGUCGAAUCUGGCGUGCUGGCUGACAGAACGGACCUGUCCCUACACUAAGAACAGCUCUAUGGCCGUCCUUAUGGAUGGCCAUGUAUCAGCGCAAGGACCGGCAGCUCCGUCGCCCCAAUCAACGCUAUCACCGUCCUCAACCAAUACACUUACACUGAAUCAGUUCUACUCACGGAUUCUUCGCCUUGAUAGAGCCAUGGCGACCAACAAUCUCGUGUCAUUGACCCCCUCUCAAGACAGAGCAGCGUCGAGGGCCUUGAGCCAGGUCAUAAUGGCCCUUUCGACGCAGUGGUCCCAAAACGUGACCAGAAAAGAACGAUUCUUUGGCAGAGACUCCACUCCAUGCAACAUUGAGGACGAUUUCUUCGAGAAUCACAAUGAAACCUUCGAAAAGGACUUUCAGCACGCAACCUGGCACCAGGCCAAAGCAGCUCUACUGGAAGCCUCCGAGAUUGAAUCAUACCGCGUUGUGUACGCCGAAAUCCUAUUCAACUGGACUGAGAAACCCGAGGGGUCGGACGAUGUUGACUUGGCUGGUGGCUGGGCUGGCAAGAACGGGUUGGAUGACGUUGAUGCGCUCUUUUGUAGCUUCUCCGACAUGGUUGGCCGCGGUGGACCACCCGUAUUCAUCGAGAGUGCGUCCCGCAAGAUACAAGUACUCAAGUUCAGGCUUGAUGCUGCCAAUAUUGGAUUGCGGAAGACAACUGGAGCAAGAGGAAAGAAGUCAAAGCCCAGGAACUCGUCACCGCCCAUCAUAGGUCCGGAAGAACAAGCCACAGCCAGGCUCUUGUACUGGCUGGUGGUCAUGUGCGACAACGUUUCCUCCUCUACAAAUGAAAGACCUCUUGCCAUCAAGGAGGAAUAUUGCACCAGUAUGACAUCAAAAGAGCGCGCAGAUACUGCGAACGAUGCUUCUUUUGAUGGUAUUCAAUCCGACGGGCUUCGGGAAAUGGAAUGUUUCGAGACCGAUAAACCCUUGCAACUCGAUUGGCCGACUACCCAAGAUGAUGCAUUUGAUGUAUUAACGAAGUCUGUCCCAGUCAAAGUUCUUCUUUUCAGGAAGGUUUCAUCCCUCCAGGACGCCCUGCGGCAAGGCAACCAUGCGCAAACCGACGACAUUAUCCAAAGCUCUAUCAUGAUUUACCGGCGCUGGAAUGUUACAUACGGAGCGUUCUUCCGCAAGCUGGCCCAAAUGUACACAACCCUGCCCGCGCGGAUCAAAGGGUGGUUCAUCUGUAUCGUUAUUCCCUGGCAUCUUGCCGUGAUGCUAAUGGCAGACCUCAUCGACUUUGCAAACAAAAAUGAGAUUGGGCAGUCAGAUGGCCGGGCAGCAAGGUCUGAGGCUCAGAUUACCUCACGGAUGAGGAGGUCUACCGCCAUCGAUGUAGCUGAACUGGCCAAGUUGACUUGCCCGCUCAAUGAGGAUUGGGGAGGAACCACCUCAACAGAACAGUUGCCUGGCUACCACUAUGCGGUGAAGAGCAGCGCCAUUCUCACGGAACCUUGGACUGUGCUCUUGAUUGGGGCCUUUAGAAACGCCGCCGUAUAUCAUUUGGGCAUAGUGGAGGAUCUCAGACAGAAUGACUGGCAGGCCCUGGGUCACUAUCCCAAUGAGAUGAGGGAGGCUGAAGGACGCGUGAAACAUUGCAUUGAUGCACUGUGGUUGCUCGGGAGAAGAUCGGGCAUGUCAUACGACUUAGCCAGGCUACUGUCGGAGAGGUUGGUCGCUCGUUGA